AUGACUAUAGAUUAUCAGCUGCUGCGGGAUAACGAUCAGCCGUUGGACGACAAGCAGCAGAAAAAGUCAUCCAGUGUGUUCAUUGAUCCGUUCCUGCGACUAUUGUCCAGCCGCAACUCGCAGUGCGCACCUAAGGGUGGCGAUUCGUUUCGGUCGAUGAAUCUGGAGUUGCAUCGUCGGAUCGUUCGCCAGUACGGCUUUGUUGUGCUCGGAAUCGUGACACAUCUCGUUCUGCUGACGGCAGUUUUUGAAAUCUAUUACCAGUCGCCCAUUGUAUCCGGAAUGACGCCGCACGGCAACUCGUCCUAUGCCCCGGCAUCGAGAUUGUUCUUGUUUGUCGCUGACGGCUUGAGGGCUGAAUCUUUCUUUGCACCGGACACCAACGGGUCGUGUAGGACGCCUUUUCUUCGGCAAGUACUUCAACGUCCUUAUUAUUUGGUGAAGAUGGCCGCAUCUGGUUCAUGGGGCGUUUCACACACUCGAAUGCCGACCGAAUCGCGGCCGGGCCACGUGGCAAUGAUCUCUGGCUUCUACGAAGAUGUCAGCGCGGUGACGAAAGGUUGGAAAGAAAACCCGGUGCAGUUCGAUUCGGUGUUCAACGAAUCGCGUUUCACGUGGGCUUGGGGAAGUCCAGACAUACUGCCGAUGUUCGCCAAGGGUGCGUCGCGUUCACACGUGUUUACGUUUUCGUACUCGCACAGGCAGCAGGAUUUUGCAACGAACGGUUCAGUAUUAGACAGCUGGGUUUUCGACCGAGUUCAGGAAUUUCUCACUAAUUCUUCAGCUGAUGAAGUGUUAACAGAACAGUUGCACCAGAACCAGGUCGUAUUUUUUCUCCAUUUGCUGGGCAUCGAUACAGUUGGGCAUGGCUUCAAGCCGCAUUCCGCCGAGUACCUGAACAACAUUGCGUUUCUAGACGAUCGAAUAGCCAAGUUGUACAAAAUGGUUGAGUCAUACUUCAGUGACGGUCGAACGGCAUACUUGUUCACGUCUGACCAUGGUAUGACCGACUGGGGCUCUCACGGCGCCGGUGACGACCACGAAACAAUGACACCAAUCGUUGCUUGGGGAGCUGGCAUCAGCCAGAUGCGUUCUGAAAACGGCCAACUGUGGAAUGUGACAAAAUCGGACCGAGCGGACAUAAAUCAGGCGAGUUACGGUAGAGCGAGGAGACAAUUAAUUUUUUGGAGUUCGACUGUCAAAAAGCGAAGCCAUUUUGUCAAUCUUUUGCGUAGUUAUUGUUGCUCAUUACACCGUGUGGACAUCGCCCCGCUUAUGGCUGCUUUGAUCGGCGUCAACUUUCCACUGAAUUCUGUCGGCUCAUUGCCUGUCCGGUACGUGAACGCGUCAGUGAAACAGAAAGCGAUGAUGUCGUGCUCCAACUUUUAUCAAGUACUGGAACAAUUCAAGAUGAAGAAGAGUAUGAAACGCGCAACAUCGUUCAAGAUGUUCUUCUCUGAGUUCAAUAAGCUUACCUCACGAAAACUCGACCUGCUACUUUCGCAGAUUCGCAGCCUGUUUCAACAGAAGCGGUUCAGCAUCGCCGGCAAGAUAUGCUUGGACUGGAUACCGAUUGCCAUCGAAGGAGUUAUGUUUUACCACCAGUACGAAAGACCGUUUUUUAGCUCAUGCAUUUGCUGUUGCUUUCUGCUUUGGCAGUGCUGUGUGUUCAUAUUUCUCAGUAACCGCACGCAGUCGCGAGAGACGGCUACAUUGCCAUCCGGCUGUCCCGCGUGGUAUUACGCUUUGGGGACGGUUUUCAUUGUACUUAUGUGGCUGCAGUCUUUCCCUCUCAUGCACUACGUCUAUUCGCUGCUGCCGUACUGGCUUUUGGGAAUAGUGUUAACCGACGUCGGGAACUGGAGGCGCUUUCUGGUGUACGUUAAUCACUUUCGGACGGUGAAUCGUCUGUCACUACUUGCCGCCGGCCUUUGUUUAAUGUACCUGGAAGUGAUGGUCAUCUCAUUCUUUAGUCGGUGGGUUUUGACAGUCGGUCUGCUGAUGAUGGUGUUAUGGCUUAUGCCGAACGCCCAGGUCACGGCUCGCCUCAAGGUGGCUUGGGUAGGGCUCUGUGCCGUCAACUCUCUGUUUACCUUUCUGCCGGCCAUUGGCACGACGCGCUCCUACGACCUGGUCGUUUCCUGUCUUGACGAUAGGCGGCCGACCCCGUCACUCGUGCGCGCUGGAAGCUGGGUGAUUUUGGUGGCCAGCGGUCUGAUACCGACGUUCAGCGGCACCACUUUGAUCCCGCGUCUGUUUCUUAUAGCCUUGUCGUUGUUUCUGCCUUUCAGCUUGAUGAGUGUCAACUACGAGCCGAUGUUCUACGUUGCUUACGCACUGCUGCUGUUCGUGUGGCUGUGCAUCGAACGUGAGCUCGACGGACAGAGCACGCCGCUGGAUAUGGUCAGUCUGACGGACUGCAAGAAAGUUCACGACCAGCACUUCACGUUCUCGCAGAUGCGCCGUGCCGCGUUCUACGUCUUCUUCCUGCUGCUCGGAUUUUUCGGCACCGGAAAUUUGGCCAGCAUCAAUAGCUUCGACCCUAGCUCGUUCCUGAUCUUCAUUAGUGUCUUUAACCCGUUCGUUAUGGCGGCUCUGGUUCUCGUCAAAGUAAUGAUACCGGUGUUGCUGGCGACCUGCGCGCUGUGUGGACUUCACGCCGUCGUGGUCUGCGACAUCGAAAUGAUCUACUGGCUGAUCGUGGGCAUCUCUGACUUUUUAACACUGCAUUUCUUCUUCUUGCUUCGCGACAGCGGCAGUUGGCUGGACAUCGGUAUAAGUAUUAGCCAUUUCCUGAUGUCAAUGGUGAUCAUUUUGAUUUUUAUUCUUAAAUUCGAAGAACAAGCAACCCACCCGGUGCACUUGAGAUGGACGAAAGACAACAAGGACAAAUUGAAAAAUAAUGACGGCAGCCGAAUCAAAAAUACGGCGAAAUCAUAA